GCCCGCGGAUGAUAUAAAUUGCAGCGCCCGCCUUGUCCUCCUUCGUUCCAAAUCACAUCCUCCAUCCCAUUUCGCGUCAUUUGUAUUGCCUGCAAACGUCACCCUCACGUUCUGAAAGCCGUGUCGUAUCACCCAGACCAACAAGCCCCAUUUGUGACGCGUCUCCACAACGCCGACAAUAAGGCCACAUCGCUCGUCUGACCUACCACCUACGCCUUCGCCACUCACUCAACAAUAAAACACAAUUCCCCAAAAAGUAUCUGUGUCGCGCUCACCACAUCUAAGCGCCGCGUACAACCAAUCGCUCCGCAACCAGACCACAAUGCUCCCAAACAACAUCCACGCCACAUCGCCAGCUUCGCCAGCCACAACAUCCACACUCACGGAAUCACACGACCUGCACAGAUCAACAGCGUGGCCCGAUUUCUGGCUCGAAACAACAAACGCCCCCGCAUCCGACGCUCCCCACGACCUCCGUGGCGUCGCGCAGCGGAACCGCGUCAGCAUGAGCGACCUGCUCGCUGAGAAAGACCGACUGGAUGCCGAGCUGUUCAGCGCCGCGAGUGACUGCGAUGGAUACGCUACCGAGUCCGACGUUGAGGAAGAUGGCUAGUCCAGCGAUGAAGAGAGUGGCUACAGCGGCGACGUUGACAGUGACGACGCGCAAGAUCAACUUCUGCCCGUUCGCCGACGUGUGUUGCUGCCGCCCGAGCACCAUCAAUAUCGCGUCGUGAGCCCCCCGCUGACACUCCUGCAAAACCGAGGUAAGCUCCGCUUAUCUGAUGUUCGAUU